AUUUCAGGCAUGAGAAGUGUCGCAGUCGUUAUUUUUAUAUUGCCAUUUGUAACACUUGAUGAAACACUUAAUCAAAAAUGUCGCAAAUUGCUUUUGUGCUCUAUCAAAAAAGAUUGUGUUAAUCUGCGUUAUCUUGUUGAGAAAUUUAACGGUGCUGUGAUUAACAAACGAUUAUAUUCGGAUCUCGAUUCAUCGAUCGAUUAUGGAUGUAUUUUUACUUCAGGAUGUUCCGAUGAAUGUAAUAAUUGUCCACUUUGCUUAACAAGUAAGGAACAACUUGUUGAUGUGCUAUCAGGGACAAGGCGGGCUCUAAAUGGUGAAUGCUCGACACUUGUAAAUUGUGCGACAGAUUGUGUCGCUCAGUCAAAUGCCAAUUUCACAACAAUAAAUUAUUGCCUGCGACAUUUAUGCGCUUUUCACUGUUUUGAUGGUAGUUGCAACAAAUGUAGUGCAUUUGUUACAAGAUUAUUUAAUCAAAUAUGUGUUAGUGCUGGCUUUAGACGAAUGGUAAAACAAUUCGACGGACAAUGUUAUGAACUAUUUAAGCAAAUAGUUUAUAGCAAAUUCAAAGAACAAUUUAAGAGAAAUGGUAAACAGCCAGCAAUCGGUGUUCACCAGCAUUCUUGA